ACCUGAUGGGGAAGGAGCAGAGGCUCAACAGCAAGGAGGAAGUGCUGAAGGUGCUUUCCCCUGAAGACAUUCCCCUGAAGAAGAUUGAGAUGAGGAAGCUGAAGCACUGAAACACUGUUGCCAAAAAAUGCUUAGAAUGCUGUUUUCGCUUUAACACCACAAUCAAAUCAAACACCUUGAAUGCCAACUCAGCAAACCAGUCUAAUAACAGAUGUCAUAAUGUUCUGUCUCACGCAACUCUGUUUUUACAGUCUAGUCUUUGAUCAAUAUGUUUUACUAACCCGUAAAAUAGAACGUGCUCAUUUGCCUAUAGUUUAAGAAAAUUACCUAAUCAUCUAAUACAUACAUUUUAUUUACUUCACUUUAGCUCAGUAUAGACUUGACAUUUGUUGGAGUCCGAAACAUCACGGUAAAUCAAGUACACCCCAAUUGCUUCAUUGAAAAACAGUCUAAACUCCUUCUUGCUUCCCCUUUAAAAUCAUAUAUUCCUUUAUUUCAAAUAUUGUGCCACUGAUAGUACAUUCAUGAUACUCAGCAUAAUCCGUCAAGUUGACAUCCUGGUUGGACGCCAUGCACUCCAAGGAGACACUAUUAAACUGGUUAUUCCAAAUUCCAUUGCAAUCCAAGCCCGAUUGUUUUAGACAAAACCGAGUCAAACUCUGGAUAUAUAAGUCUGGUAACUUCCUUUUCCAGGUCUCUAAAGCAGUUCUACAAUUCAUAUCAGAUUUUCAUCAACAUCAUUCCCCUCCAUUUGCGUGAAGACAUGUCUUUCUGAGUUAAGCUAGGCACAAGCUAAGGCUCGGUGAAGAUGGGUGAAUGGGGUGGUCUGCUGAAUCUGCUGACCAAGGUCAAGAAUCACUCCACCGCAGGAGGCAAGGUCUGGCUGUCCGUCCUCUUCAUCUUCAGGAUCCUGGUCCUGGGCACGGCCGUGGAGUCUGCCUGGGGCGACGAGCAGUCCGCCUUCAAGUGCAACACCCAGCAGCCCGGUUGUGAGAACGUCUGCUACGACAAGUCCUUCCCUAUCUCGCACGUGCGCUUCUGGGUACUGCAGAUUAUUUUUGUGUCUACGCCGACGCUCUUCUACCUGGCGCAUGUGUUAUACCGGCAGGAGGAGGAAGUGCUGAAGGUGGUGCAGAACAACGGCGGCAACAUGGGCAUCUCCCUGAAGGAGCGGAAGAAGCUGAAGGAGAAGAUCAUAGUCAAGAUGAAGGGCCCCCUGCUCAGAACCUACAUCGUCAGCAUCUUCUUCAAGUCUAUCUUCGAGGUGGGCUUCCUGGUCAUCCAGUGGUACAUCUACGGUUUCAGCCUGGCAGCUGUCUACACCUGUGAAAGGGCGCCCUGCCCGCAUCGCGUCGACUGCUUCCUGUCCCGACCCACGGAGAAAACGGUCUUCAUCAUCUUCAUGCUGGUGGUGUCCUUAGUAUCGUUGGCCCUCAACAUCAUCGAGCUGUUUUACGUGUUCUUCAAGAGGAUCAAGGGUAAGGAACUCGCCAACUCCUGCAGCAACUACAACAAGCAGGCCGAUGAGCAGAACUGUGCCAACAUAACAGAACAGAGCCAGCUGGGCCAGAAUGGCAGCACCAUCCCCAACUCCCAAGCCCAGGCUUUAGACUGUCCCGAUGGCACCCAGGAGCAUGAGAAACUGAGCGCGGGCCACGAGCUGCAGCCGCUAGAUCCCUGCAGCUGGGCCAGCAGCCGGCCCCGCCCCGACGAUCUAGACAUCUAGCCGCUCCCCCUCUGUUCUUACAUUCUCUAGUCAACCUCCCCUGACCUCAGAGGAAAGAAGGGGCAGGUGGACGUGCCGAAGAACCAGGAAGUUAUAUAGAGUGCCAAGGUGGCCGUGUUCUUUUUAUUUUUUUACAAAUGCGUUCCGAAAGGGGCGGGGCCACAGCGAUCACUGUUCUCGUUUUAGAAGAGACUCUUAGUGAUAAAGAGACAAUAAAAUACUUUAACACUGUUGGAGGUACUACACAAUGUAUUGAUGACUUUGAAACUAGUGGAGCUAACCAGCAUUAACACACACAAGUAGUGGUGGAGCUACAGGACCUGAGUGUUCUGAUACCUGGCCCACAGAAUCAGUCUAUGCCUGGUGGUGUUUUGGUUGAAUGUUGAGUCUUUUUUUCAGUGUCUCUUUUUUUUCUUCUUUUUUUUGCUGUAUGUAAACCGGGUAGGGUUAUUAGUAUUAUUGUCUUAUUUGUCGGUGGGUUUUAUUAUUUUAAGAAGGGUCUAUGCAUAUAAUUUUUUUAAUUUUGGUUUUGUUUCUUGUUUGUUAAUUGAUAAACAAUUAUCCCAGGAAAGACCAGUGCCCCAUGAUGACAAUGAUUCAGCUGAACACAGGAGGACCGACACUAAUUUACAAGGUGAUCAGUAAACAGCUCCCAUAACAAGUUUAAUAGGCUACAGUAACAGCGCUCCAAAACGUAAGACAACCCAUAAAUCACAGGACCACCAUCCACCAAAAUUGCAGACAGACUCCUGGUCAGGGAUUCUUGGAUUAAGCAUCAGAUUAGUUAUUAUAAUGAAUGUAUUUCCAUAGAUGCCAUACAUGAAUUCAGCUGUGGUCAGCUUGUUCAAACUACCGGGACAUAAUUCACCACCAUCAUUCAAGUGGCAGCUCAUCUCCAGGUAGCUCCUAAGAGCCCUGGAGACAGUGCCAGCCAGGAAGGGAGACUGGACUGGGUUAUCCUUGUCACAUAGGGUAGUCCUGUCUAUAAACACCCUCUGUCCUGUCCAGGCCUGGUAAUCCAGAAUACCAGGCAAAUGCCCGGUGGGCCGACGCACUUGGGCCCAAUUUGAUAUUAUAUUUUAUAUAUAGGAAUCUUUAUAUAUACAUUUUUUAUUUUUUUCAUAAACUUUAAAUUGGCCAAAGACCGGACCAUAAAGACGGGACAACGGCCCAUUGGUUAAUUUUCCAUAAUGGGCUGGCCCAAUCACAUCUCUUAACAGACUCCACCCCUCCGUCCGACCGAUUGAGGUGUGCCGGUCUGAGCAAAAAUGCCAGGGCAAUUUUUUGAGCCCAGUCGAGCCCUGGUCCUGUCUAAAAACACCCUCUGCCCUCAACCCAACGUUCUUCAUAUUGGGCCUCCAUGUGCUUCCUACUGAGUUCACAAUACAACAUGUACUCCUGACAGAAUGAGAGCCUAUUGUACUGACACCUGUUCAGACCAGCUGGGAGGAGGAAUUAUUCAACUUCUACCCGGGAGAAGAUGUUUGAUAAAACUGGUUAUUCCAAAUUCCAGUUGAAUCCAAGUCCAAUUGGUUGAGACAAGAACGCAAACACUCCAAGGAGAGACUGCUGAGUCAAACUUUAGAUAUAAAAGUGUGGUAACUUACCUUUCCAGCUCUUUAAAGCAGUUCUACAAUUCAGAUCAGAUUUUCAUCAACAUCAUUCUUCUCCAUUCGUGAGAAUACAUGUGUUGUGGAAAAAACACCAUACUGUUGUAAUUAUGAAGAUGGGUAAUGAUUAUGGAUUCAAGGAAUCUUGUGAUCACCUUUUUAGUACAUGCUAUAUUAUUGGAAACCAGAUACAAAGCAGUUGACUGAUUAUUGUUAUCCCUAAUAGUAUAAGAAAGAAAGCCCAAUAUAUUAAGAUUUGGAUAAAGACAGGCAGAGUGGAGGAGAAGAACAUGAGUGGGCUUCUACAAAGAACCAGGAAGUCCAACUUUGACUUAUCAGACGUAUCUGUGGCCUUACGCCCAGGACCCUAGUGCAGCUGGCUGUUCAAGUUCAGAAGGGCCUAAAUUGGAAGAAGUGUUUAGGAAAGAACCGGUUUUAAAUCCCCUGAGACAAGGGAUCCGCUUGGUAAGAUUACCUAAUUUCUAUGUAACCAACAGAUAUCGUACCAUAUUACCAAACAAUGGGGAGAAGACUGUAGGCCUAAAUUAAAUUGUCCAGAUAAAACGUCAGUCUGAUCCCGGGAUCACGCUCACUUUCUAUUGGGUAAAUGUGUUACCUGAGAACCAAUAAAACA